ACAUAAUACUCCAUGUGGUGCCUGGAAAGAAAUCUGCAAGAACCUGGAUUUGGUUGUCUUUAUGGCAUCUUCUAGUUCUAAAAUGAAUUCCUUCUGUAUCAACAACUAAUGCUGAUACUUUUGCUGGUUAGGGAUAUAGGUGGAAUUGGUGAAGUGGGGGUAUACUGGACCAAGGGAGUGAUGGAAAAGAUGAGCACAAACCCGUAAUGCCAGAAAAGGAAACGUGGCUCUCAUGCUGCAGAUUUAUAUUUAAUUUAUUUUUAUUUUUUCUUUUUUUUAUACUUUUGAGACAGGAUCUCACUCUUGUUGCCCAGGCUGGAGUGCAGUGGUAUGAUCUCGACUUCCCGGCCUCAAGUGAUUGUCCCACCUCAGCCUCCCAAGUAGCUGGGACUACAGGCAUGUGCCACCAUGCCUGGCCAAUUUUUUGAAUUUUUAAUAGAGAUGGUUGUUUUGCCUUGUUGCCCAGGCUGGUCUCCAACUCCUGGACUCAAGCAAUCCUCCCGCCUCAGACACCCAACAUGUUGGGAUUACAGGUGUGAGCUACCACGACUGGCUAUUUUUUAUUUUUUGUUACAGGGCCUUGCUCUGUCUCUCAGGCUGGAGUGCAGUGGGGUGAUCAUGUGGCAGGCCAGGUCUCACAAACAGGCAGGCCUCCAUAAUAACUGUUUCAGCACUGACUGAAUGGUUAGGUUAAAUAUUAAAGGCUGAGAGAGCCAGUGCCCUACACAAAGUCCAGAACAAGUGACAAAGGCCCACCAAGACUCUUGCCCAGGCCUUCCUGGGCCUUGAAGCAUGACAAGAUAAUGAAGGAAUACUCACACUCCUUGUGACAAGACAGUCUUCGGGAGAUUCCCAGCAGCUGCUGGGUGAGGUUUUCCUGGAGACUCUCCCCAGGGCUAUCCCAUGUGCAAAACCACACGUCCCUCUCCCUACUGGGGAAUAACGGAGAUCAGGGUGGACGCGCUCAAAGGGUAAAACCAGAUUUAUGCCGGGAGCCUAUUAUUUUCCCAUCUGGGCUUGUUAAGCCAUUUGCCUGGUACUGCCAGGGAAGCAAUAGGGCUCGCUUAUACACCUGCUUUGCAUUUGGUUAAGAUCAGGUUUUGAGUGGGUUUUGAGUCUGUUCUGCCCGAGUGCACCCCCUCUCUUGUCUUUGUCUGAAAUCUGUCUCUGCUUGUUUGUGUAUCUGUCAUGGCUCACUGCAGCCUCAAACUCUGGCCUCAAGGGAUCCUCACACCUCAACCUCUCCAGUAGCUGGGACUAUUGGCAUGCACCACCAUGCCUGGCUAAUUUUUGUUGUUGUUGUUGUAGAGACAGAGUCUCCCUAUGUUGCCCCGGCUGGUCUCAAAUUCCUGGACUCAAGCAAUCCUCUUCCCCCUGAUUUUCAGAAAUAGUGUCUAAAUUCUAUGAUUUAGACAUGUUUAGUUAGAAUAGUGACGCAGUCAUUGUAUUUGUAUUAGAAUACAUUCUUUUCAUAUUUUUUUUCUCACUGCUUUUAGGGUUGGAAGAGUUUAGUUCGUUAGAGUAGUGUUUUCCAAAGGGUGUACUGCAGUCUACAGGAUUUUGAUAAUCUUUUCAUUAGAGGAGUAUUCAAGCUUUAUUUAACCAAGGGGGUUGUCAUAGAACUCAUGUUCCAUGGAACCAAACUUUGAGAAUCACUGCCUUAGGGUCACUGAAACUAGAAGAGUUUAGCAUCCACUAUUUGCUAAAAUUCUCUUUGACCAACACUAUUAUUAAUUUAGCUUCUUUCAUCACAAAACUGUAACCCCUUUUCAGCAUGGAGUACACAUGCUAGGAUGCACCAGUCUAGAUACAUAAGAAAAUAGUGAAUUUAAAUUGAUUAGUGAAAAUUGCUUGGAUUUGGGGAGUUAGAAGUCUUGGGUAUCAGUUCUAGUUCUGGCACCUAGUAAAUAAUUUUGAGCAAUAAGUCAUAUAUAAUAACUUAAUUUAAAUAAUCAGAGCCUUAAUUUGCUCACCUAAAAACAAGAAUAAAAUGUUUAUAAGGGAUAUUUUUAAGUUUGACUUGAGCUAAUGUAUAUAAAAACUUGUCAAAUUGUGAACACUGUAAAAAGCAAGACAUAAUUAUCACAGAACUAAGUACUUUAUAUUGGUUCAGCAGAGUUUCAGAAUUUCUACUGUUGUCGAAGCACAUGUUUUGCUAUGUUGAUUUUCAGCUGCUAUGAAGUUUAUAGAAAAGCGGAAAGUCUGAAAUUUCUGUGACAAGGCUUUUUGUUCGGGGUUAUUUUUAAAGAAAACAGAAGAUCGGAUUGCAUUAAAAUUUGAUGAUUGUGUUAUUCUUGUUAUAUAUGUCUUGACUAGUAUUUAGUAAAAGUUAUAAGGAAAAAAGGAGCAGUUGUCUGCAAUAUACUAGAAAUGAACUUUAAUCUUCUCACACGAUUGUUAUUACAACAUUUUUUCCUCUCUCCAGAUUGCCCAAUCACUGAAGAGCUGUGAUCUUCCCAAACAGUUAAAAGUCAGGCACAACUAUGUAACUCAUACAGUUUCUCUUUGCCAGACUAGACUAAAGAAGGAGCACUACUUUAUUCUGAUAAAACAGGUCUAUGCAGCUACCAGGACAAUGGAAUCUAUGUUGACUUUAGCAACAGAACAACCUGUUAAGAAGAACACUCUUAAGAAAUAUAAAAUAGCUUGCAUUGGUCUCCCUCCGUUGGGAUCUCACCUCACCACAACCUCUGUUUCCCAGGCUCAAGUGAUCCUCCUGCCUCAGCCUCCUGAGUAGCUUGGACCACAGGCACAUGCCACAAGGCUCAGCUAAGUUUUUGUUCUUCUUGCUUUGUUGGUGAUCAUGUCACUUGGAUUAGGCCUGGGGCUUGGACUCAGGAAACCGGAAAAGCAAGGCAGCUGCAGGAAGAAGUGCUUUGAUGCAUCAUUUAGAGGACUGGAGAACUGCCGGUGUGAUGUGGCAUGUAAAGACCGAGGCGAUUGCUGCUGGGAUUUUGAAGACACCUGUGUGGAAUCAACUCGAAUAUGGAUGUGCAAUAAAUUUCGUUGUGGAGAGACCAUAUUAGAGGCCAGCCUUUGCUCUUGUUCAGAUGACUGUUCGCAGAGGAAAGAUUGCUGUGCUGACUAUAAGAGUGUUUGCCAAGGAGAAACCUCAUGGCUGGAAGAAAACUGUGACACAGCCCAGCAGUCUCAGUGCCCAGAAGGGUUUGACCUGCCACCAGUUAUCUUGUUUUCUAUGGAUGGAUUUAGAGCUGAAUAUUUAUACACAUGGGAUACUUUAAUGCCAAAUAUCAAUAAACUGAAAACAUGUGGAAUUCAUUCAAAAUACAUGAGAGCUAUGUAUCCUACCAAAACCUUCCCAAAUCAUUACACCAUUGUCACGGGCUUGUAUCCAGAGUCACAUGGCAUCAUUGACAAUAAUAUGUAUGAUGUAAAUCUCAACAAGAAUUUUUCACUUUCUUCAAAGGAACAAAAUAAUCCAGCCUGGUGGCAUGGGCAACCAAUGUGGCUGACAGCAAUGUAUCAAGGUUUAAAAGCCGCUACCUACUUUUGGCCUGGAUCAGAAGUGGCUAUAAAUGGCUCCUUUCCUUCCAUAUACAUGCCUUACAACGGAAGUGUCCCAUUUGAAGAGAGGAUUUCUACACUGUUAAAAUGGCUGGACCUGCCCAAAGCUGAAAGACCCAGGUUUUAUACCAUGUAUUUUGAAGAACCUGAUUCCUCUGGACAUGCAGGUGGACCAGUCAGUGCCAGAGUAAUUAAAGCCUUACAGGUAGUAGAUCAUGCUUUUGGGAUGUUGAUGGAAGGCCUGAAGCAGCGGAAUUUGCACAACUGUGUCAAUAUCAUCCUUCUGGCUGACCAUGGAAUGGACCAGACUUAUUGUAACAAGAUGGAAUACAUGACUGAUUAUUUUCCCAGAAUAAACUUCUUCUACAUGUACGAAGGGCCUGCCCCCCGCAUCCGAGCUCAUAAUAUACCUCAUGACUUUUUUAGUUUUAAUUCUGAGGAAAUUGUUAGAAACCUCAGUUGCCGAAAACCUGAUCAGCAUUUCAAGCCCUAUUUGACUCCUGAUUUGCCAAAGCGACUGCACUAUGCCAAGAACGUCAGAAUCGACAAAGUUCAUCUCUUUGUGGAUCGACAGUGGCUGGCUGUUAGGAGUAAAUCAAAUACAAAUUGUGGAGGAGGCAACCAUGGUUAUAACAAUGAGUUUAGGAGCAUGGAGGCUAUCUUUCUGGCACAUGGACCCAGUUUUAAAAAGAAGACUGAAGUUGAACCAUUUGAAAAUAUUGAAGUCUAUAACCUAAUGUGUGAUCUUCUACGCAUUCAACCAGCACCAAACAAUGGAACCCAUGGUAGUUUAAACCAUCUUCUGAAGGUGCCUUUUUAUGAGCCAUCCCAUGCAGAGGAGGUGUCAAAGUUUUCUGUUUGUGGCUUUGCUAAUCCAUUGCCCACAGAGUCUCUUGACUGUUUAUGCCCUCACCUACAAAAUAGUACUCAGCUGGAACAAGUGAAUCAGAUGCUAAAUCUCACCCAAGAAGAAAUAACAGCAACAGUGAAAGUAAAUUUGCCAUUUGGGAGGCCUAGGGUACUGCAGAAGAACGUGGACCACUGUCUCCUUUACCACAGGGAAUAUGUCAGUGGAUUUGGAAAAGCUAUGAGGAUGCCCAUGUGGAGUUCAUACACAGUCCCCCAGUUGGGAGACACAUCACCUCUGCCUCCCACUGUCCCAGACUGUCUGCGGGCUGAUGUCAGGGUUCCUCCUUCUGAGAGCCAAAAAUGUUCCGUCUAUUUAGCAGACAAGAAUAUCACCCACGGCUUCCUCUAUCCUCCUGCCAGCAAUAGAACAUCAGAUAGCCAAUAUGAUGCUUUAAUUACGAGCAAUUUGGUACCUAUGUAUGAAGAAUUCAGAAAAAUGUGGGACUACUUCCACAGUGUUCUUCUUAUAAAACAUGCCACAGAAAGAAAUGGAGUAAAUGUGGUUAGUGGACCAAUAUUUGAUUAUAAUUAUGAUGGCCAUUUUGAUGCUCCGGAUGAAAUUACCAAGCAUUUGGCCAACACUGAUGUUCCCAUCCCAACACACUACUUUGUGGUGCUGACCAGUUGUAAAAACAAGAGCCACACACCGGAAAACUGCCCUGGGUGGCUGGAUGUCCUACCCUUUAUCAUCCCUCACCGACCUACCAACGUGGAGAGCUGUCCUGAAGGUAAACCAGAAGCUCUUUGGGUUGAAGAAAGAUUUACAGCUCACAUUGCCCGGGUCCGUGAUGUAGAACUUCUCACUGGGCUUGACUUCUAUCAGGAUAAAGUGCAGCCUGUCUCUGAAAUUUUGCAACUAAAGACAUAUUUACCAACAUUUGAAACCACUAUUUAACUUAAUAAUGUCUACUUAAUGUAUAAUUUACUGUAUAAAGUAAUUUUGGCAAAAUAUAAAUGAUUUUUUUCUGGAGAAUUGUAAAAUAAAGUUUUCUAUUUUUCCUUAA